AGAAUAAACGUGUUUGAAAUAAUCUCCAUAUUUCAGACUUUGAUCGAGAUGUUAUUAUCAUUGCUGAUCCCGGAAAUCUCUAUGAAGGUCAUUCUUAAUAUUCUUAAUAUUCUCCUCGAGUAAAUUUGAUGGCUGAGAGCGUUUAAGGAUUUCUCUUUCUCGUAAUUAAUUUACGGUCACGAUUAACACGCAUUCAUUACACGGGUCAAAGACAGGUGUGUCAAUACACAUAUAAUAAUGCUUUCGGGGGGGACAUUUGCAUUGUGGAAGUGCAUUCCCGUGUCACAGUGGUUUAAGAACCCUCUAUAUAUAUAAUCCAGAAAAAGGGACUGGAAGAAACAUUUCAUACUUGUCACCUGUUCCUAGUAAAACAAAAUCAUGGCAAGGCUUUUCGUACUUACGUUGGUUUUCAUAGUUUUAGGCUCAAUCAAUUGUCAAGAGGAAGAAGAACCAACAGGCAAUUGGGAACAAAUAGUAUUCGAAGGAAGUCAAAACAAUGCCGAGGGAAGUCAAAAAAAUGCCGAGGAGAAAGAAAAACCGACAUUUGAUGACUGUGAAUGCAGGGAAGAAAGCAAGGAAUGUCCAACAGAUUAUGUCCAUGAGGAGUAUAAAAAUUUCGACAAGAGGUGCACAAUAAAACAUCGAUUUGACACAAUUGAGCGACUGGAUUACAAAUGUUGCUUACCUAGGCAUUUUUUCGAGGUUUAUCCACCGGGCGUCAACGAGGGAGGGCGCUGAUAUUGAAGUUUGUUCCAUCCACGUCCUUUUGUAUCCAGUUUGGUGUAUUUUUAUGUUUAGAAUUAGAAUACAAUUAUUUAUAUUUACAAAA